AAACGCUUUGUGAAGGACCUGUCAAUGUGCCGUCGACACCUUGAAAAAGACCAUGAGCUUGCCUACAAUAAAUGGGCCCAGGACCACCAAUUCGAAUCUAUGCUUCCUAAGGCUGUCGCAAAGCGUCGAAGCGAUGCCAUCCAGAAAGCUAGCGCCAGCCAAACAGGCCUCGAUAAUCAUCUGCGCGAGCCACCAAAGGCAGACCGUGUGCUGCCAUACACCGACCAGUUAUUCCGUGAGGCUGCAACAGAAUGGUUGAUUUCUACUGACCAGCCAAUCCAAGCGCUGGAGCACCCAUCCUUCCACCUCAUGAUUCAUGUAGCAUCACGAUCCACACACGGUGUCAAAAUUCCGGAUCGAAAGGUGACGCGUGCCAAGAUUAUCAAGAUGUUCCAGAAGCAAAUGAAAUAUCUUCGGACACGGCUUAAUGUAAGUUUAUGA